AUGGAUUCAGUAGCAACGCAAUUUAACAUGUCCGGAGACAAAAACGAUUUUGAACAAAUUUUUACUUUCCGUCCGAAUCCCUCCAGGAAGUUUUCGUUUCUGGAAGAUAAGGAGACAGUUACUCUGUUGAUGAAAUGGUCCAUGCAUGGGAGGCUCUCGUCACAAACGUUCAUCUUUGACCAGAAAUUUCACCUUUACGAUUGCGAUAGGUUUGCGCUGUGCUUCUUCACAGACAGCAGUGUUUUAUCCAGUUUGAAGACAACGAUUGCCUGGGAAUCUCUCAGCAAACCAGUUACGUCAGUCAAUGUGGAGAUAGUACCUUGCACUAGGGUCUCCAUGGACUUAUUUGACCCCAUCUACACUUGUGGCAUUGUGGCGCCCUCAGGCCACAUCGCCAGAUGCUUCCACGAUUACUACCCGGACUAUGACAAACUCAGAGAGAUGCUACAGGAUGAGGACUCUGAGAACUAUCACGUACUGGGGAGCGCUGAGCGAGGGGAGUUCCUGUUCCGUCUAUUCAAGCACCUCUGCUUCGGAGGGACGUUGAAUCAGUAUGAAGAGACCGUCGAACCUUACAUAAGCGUCACCAAGAAAAUGUACAAAGAGCUCAUCAGUGUUCAAAAGGAUCCAGAAAACAAAAAGAUUGGUGUUGUCUCCACAGUGCUCAAAGUCCAUGUUUAUGAUGAGUCAGGCCAGUGCCACCCGGGGGAACGGGAAAACGAGCAGAUGUUUUCUUACCUCAUCGUGGACCCCUUCAAACGCCUCGUGACACUACUCUCCCACUCUCACGGUGUUGGAACCAUGUCCCUUUGACAAGGUGAAUGAUCUCUGAUACGUUCAAAACACAAGAUUUUGUGGCAUAAUUUCUGUGUAUCAGCACACAUCUGGAGGGACAGUAAAUUGUAUUGUACAUUGGCGUGGCUCGGGUCUCUCGGGGCUCCAAGCCAGAAACCCAUGGGGCCCCCACCCCACCCGUGCACGUUGAACAAAAAAAUUGGGGCGCACAUGAUGCUAAUAAACUAGAAAUCUGGAGAAAAUGCAAUGGUAGCUUUGCUGAUAUGGUGGGUAUAUCGGGUCACUUCCUGUUGAUUUAGGGGCAUUCCAGGGUCAUUUUCUGUUGUUUUGGUGACGUUUCAGGGUCACUUCCUGGGCAAAAUGAAUAAAGUAUUAGGGCAUAUCAAAAGAAAAACUUGACAGACAAUAUACUGUGUACAACAUUUUAAAUAGCAAACAAUUUAAAGCAGCACGAGGUAACUUUCCAAUCUUUAUAAAAAUAUUUUCAUAACAUUUGUGAUAAUAUGUCGACUGACAACUAGUUGAACGACACCUCUUUUAUACCUUGAAGGGGUUUGUAUCGCUUUCACCAGCACUAAUUAACUUUGAAGAGGGUGGCAGGAACCCUGCCACACAAAAAAACUACAAAUGUGCCGACCGCUUUAAGGCAUACAUCACUUCCCCCUCUCCCCAUUCAUUAUAAAGACAAUGUCAGUCGAUGCGAACUCUAUUGCGCGAAUUCUGCAAAGAUGGCAGAGCAACAAAAAAGACAAAAUGUUUUGUUUGAAGAGGAAAAACAAGAAAGGCUACCAGGACAGAAUAAAAAUUGGCCCGACUUUCACUUGCUGGUGUGACGCCCCCUGCCCCUCAGCCGUUCGGACAGGGUGGUGGGUUAGCCACACAGUUGCUAAAUGCUAACCGUCCUAUGCUAUUAUUUGGCCACAACUAGAUUCAUUACCUUAUUACUAUUCAUGCUUCACACAGCCCUGGAACCAGAAAUUUUGUUUAAUUCAUCUGCAGGCGACCAGGAGAUUGAUUGAUUGAUUGAUUGAUUGAUUGAUUGAUUGAUUGAUUGAUUGAUUGAUUGAUUGAUUGAUUGAUUGAUUGAUUGAUUGAUUGAUUGAUUGAUGAUUUUACUACACUUUGCGGGUGUGCGCUGGUCCUCGUGGGAAACACAGUCUUCCUUAAGGCAAAACACUACCACAUUUGUCGACCGGCGUAGCUUAAAUCGACCAAAACUGAAAAGCUACCAAGUGUUGCUUUAUAGUAAAAAUAAACAAAUUAAAAUAAAAUAGACGUCUCGAAAUGUGCAGGGUCCAAUGACAGCUUCAAGUGCAGGUUGCUACGAUAGAUGGGCUGGAGCCCCACAAGAGAGGUUUGUUACUUAAGGGUUAGGGUUAGUGAGUAUGUGAUUCUCUGAGUGUCAGAUAAAAAGACAGCAGGUUGGUGAGAUGACCAUGCAGUGGUGAUAAGAAAGCCAGGGAAGUGACAUCAAGGAUACCAGAGAUGUCCAUGACGACAACGGCGCAGUCCAUUGGGAAACAACAAAAGUGCUUUGGCCUGGGCGGCGCAGAGAUAGUUGGGAGCAGUGAGGAUAACAACAACUUGCCGGAUUGGCGCGACACGAGAUAAAAUAGGAACAAACCCCAUCACUAGAUGUCCUGGAGCCCGAUUACAACAUUCGAAGAUGGCGUCGUAUUCCAUUGGCAUGAUAAUUCCUGUCGCCCUGACAACAGUAACGCACGAACUCUGCUGCCCAACCCAAGACUGCUGACACCGCUGGAUAGAUAGCCCCUCCGAUCUGCCUCCCCGAAGCCCAGCACCUUCAAAAAGAUGAAACAUUUCCAUACCGUACUGGCCCAAAUAUAAGACGGCCCUGAUUAUAAGAUGACCCCCUCUUUUUCAAGACUCAAGUUUGAAAAAAGACUUUUUGAACACCAAAUGAAUUUUUAUACAGAAGAUAA